AUGGAUACAUCAGAUUUUGGAUGGCAGACACAGUACAUUUGCGACCUACUGGCUCUUACGGGUCACUCUGAAUCAGGCCAACUUCAAGUCAAACAGUCACAGCCUGGACUCAGUUUUCCAGCAGGCGGAACGUUAGGGUACAACAUUCAGGCUGAAAAUGCCUCAAAUGUUUUAGGACAUACUCCAGAUAACCUACAUGCCACCUUCGGUCACGGUGAUGUCCACGCAGGACCCAGUGCAGGUCAUCACAAUUACAAUGGCUACCCAAACACCCAAGGCAACAUCGACUUUGGAUUGGAGCAGCCAGUCCAGCAGUAUGGUCCCGGUUCCCGAUUCUCUGUUGCAGCAUAUGCUCUGAGUCAAGUUAGUGGCUAUCUCGAGCUGCUAAUACACAAUAAUAGCACUAACUUGAAUGUUCAACAUGGUAACUACUUGAUGCCCUCGGGUAGCAGCCAGCAGGGCGUGCAAACGAUGCUGCCACAUUCUUUACCAGGGCAUCAUGCGGACAGCCAUUAUGACGGCGGUCACAACUAUGACUCCAACUUGAAUGCUCAACACGGUAACUACUUGGUGCCCUCAGGUAGCAGCCAGCAGGGCAUGCAAAUGAUGCUGCCACAUUCUUUCCCAGGACACGAUGUGGAUGGCCAUUACGACAGUGGUCACAACUAUAAUUUCACUGUAUCACAUGGCAUGAAUGAUCCUCCUCCCCUUCCUGAUACCCACCAUUCCGUGGUAUCCCACAGCUCAAACAACUCUCAGCCCGCCAUGUCUAACAAUGUCUACUACUUUAUGAGAUCCAACAACUCAAACCUUCAGGCCCCUCUUGACCCCAUACCUGAAGUGACAAGAAAGUUGAUCCAUGGUAGGCAUACCUCCCACAAAACUAAAACUGCCGCCUCUACCCAGAUGAAGUUCCUCAAGUCCAAAUAUGUCACCCAGGAAUCACCUCUGUCCACGGAACAUGCGUCCUCAUUGUUCAUCUUUUUAACAGUGACGUUACUCCAGGAUUUCAAAGGGGACAUUCAGAGCAACAUGUUCAAGAAGCUGUUCAAAGACAAUCUCUUUCCGUCUCCAACUGAACUUUCCACCAUCGCCAACGACACAUUAGAUGCGACAAUUGCGCGCUAUACCACUGAGAACGCCAAUCACGGGCAUGAGCUCACCCAUUGGAAAUCAGGCUUGGACGCUAAGAAGCUUCUUACGAGGCUCAAAGGAGUACUGAAAAAGAUACAUGGCGACUUCGAGGAAAUCACCAGUAUCUCUUGGAUAUCAGCCUACAACUUGAGCCUUGAUCUAUCCAUUUCAAGAGACAAAAUGCAAGCAGUGCAGGUCGCAAAUAUGACAUCCCUGCUAUCUGACUUUCUAUUUGCAGACAAAAUUGUUGAGCAAUACUCUUGGUAUAUACCCCUCGGUACAGAGUCUUGGAUACCCCCCCUUACCAACACCAUCGCCCUUGCAGUAACCUUGCGUGCUUGGUCGUUGAAAAAAGCUUUAGCGGUGUUACAAGAACAUCUAGAUGCCUGGGCCCCUACCAUUUUUCUCCUGAUCCUCCUCGUAUCAGCCCUCGCGUCAUACCCUUACCCCGACCUAACCUUGGUCAUCCUUGUCAUCCUCGCAUUCCCUUUCGCUCUCUACCUAUUGCUACAGCAAAGCCAGUACAUCUGGCCGGAUCCUUUCGCUGACGAAGCAUACCCAUGCUCCGUUCCACCACCUGACUGA